AUGUUCCACUCAGCAAAACCAUACUCGGCUGUGACCGUUCAGAUUGAAGUGCUCACCAGUGAGCAAUACGAGAUUGAAGAUUCGAGUGGAAUUGUCGACCUCAUCGAAGCGAUUCGCAUUCAGAGCAGCGGACCGACUGAAGCAAGUCGUGCGUUGCGUAAGAAACUUAAAUAUGGCAAUCUGCAUCGCCAGCUGAGAGCUCUUACUAUUCUUGACUUUUUGAUACAGAAUGCUGGGGAUCGAUUCUUGCGAGAGUUCGCAGAUGAACCACUCUUGGAGCGUCUACGAAUCGCAGCUACCGAUCCAGUAUCUGACCCCUUGGUCAAACAGAAGUGCAAGCAACUUUUUGGGCAAUGGGCAGUAUCCUACAAGGACACACCAGGGAUGGGAGGGGUGACAGCGCUUUACCGGCAGCUUCCAAAGCGCAAACAGCCCGCCACCCAGGCCAAGGCGAAAGUUCUCCGGGAUACUGGUAAUUCGACUACCACUGAGCCACAACUGGGCCAUACGGUCUCUAUUUCCGUAGGAAACGGCCCAAGCACUGUCUUAAGCAGUCCCAAGCACAAACAUACAUCGAGCAAAUCUUCUUUCAAGAGAGACAAGAAAGAAAAGGAUAAGAAAAUACAUAAUAGGUCGUUCAGUUUGGAGAAAGAGAAGCCGGAGAUGCUACAGACCCUCGCCUCUUCCUCGGUCGCCAGUACCAACCUUAUGAAUGCGCUGAAACGGGUGAAUCGAGAAACGCACCGGGUCAGCGAAGAUGCGGAAUGUCUCAACCGGUUUGAGACCUGCAAGCUCCUUAGACGGCAAAUUCUCCGGUACAUUCAGCAUGUCGAGAGCGAAGAAUAUCUGGGAAGUCUCAUCCACGCCAAUGAGGAACUGGUUACUGCUCUUAUGGCGUUCGAAGUCCUGGAUAAGAGUAUAGACUAUGACAGCGACAGUGACCAGGAUGUGCUUGAAAGUGGCUGGAGUCCUGACCGAGACGAUCUCAAUGAAUCUUUUGCCGGGCUGGUCGUUAACCCUCCCAAACCUCCUCGGCCUCCUCGACCUUUGAGCAUAUCCGUACCGUCUUCCUCGCAGCAAAAGUACGUCAGUGCCAGUGAGUCGGAGACGGAUGAGGACGACGACGACGAGAACAACCCGUUUGGCGACAGAAACGCUAUCCGCACCCCUGGUCUGGAGAAGACUGAGCCUACAUGGAGGGAAGUUUGA